AUGAGUUUUUCUAUAUAAAGCGAAAAUAAGAUAACUUAGCGCUUCGCAACAGAAGAUUAGGAGAGCAACGAGACAGCCUAGUUAAACGAAAUAGAUUAUGAAUAGCAAUAAAAGUAGAAGCAAAAAAUCUUAAUGAAUGAGUUAUUAUUCAGUUAUGAUGAAGGAUAGCUGAGUGAAGAAAUAGAUGAACAACAUGAAUAAAAUUAUCCAUAAAUUUAGUUCAAAAAGGCAAGUUUAAAGUUUCCUAAAAGUAAAGUUAGUCUUAAAGGCCAAAGGAAAAAGGGUAAAUCAGCUUCUCUAGAUGUGAUCAAAUCAGAAGAAAGCUCUUCAGAAGCUGAAGAAAAAAAUUCACCAUUUUUAAGGAGAAACUCAUUAUAAGAUAUUAAUAUUGCUUAGCCAAAAAUUUAAUUCGUGAAGGAUUUUGAGUUAGAAAUGAAAGAAGGUGACUCUAUGCCUCAAUCUGAAAAUGAAUAGAGUGUAGAAAAGUAUGAACAGAAUAAUCAAUCAUUUUAAGAUGAUCUUGAAAACUCAUAAAUUUUGAAUUUAAAGAAGAAAUAGUCAAAAAAAAUAUUUAACUCUAGUGAUUCUAGCACAAGUAGUUCUGACGAACAUAGGUAAUAAAGUGGAAUUCACAAUAAGAAGCAGUCCUAUCUUAUAAGACUCAAUGUAAAAGAAACUGUAAAUUAUUUUCUUGGCUAAGCAAGAGGCCUUUAAUCAACUCCAAAAACAACUAAAAUGCUUUCUAAAGACCAAUCAAGCAGGUAUCUAGAUCCGAUGAAUAUUAUUUUCUUCUUUUAAUACUUCUUGGUGAAAGAGCAGUAAGAGAAUAUGGAAAUUUUGCACAAUUUAGUCAAAAAAAUAACAGAAAAGGAUAUUAAAUAGUUAUAGAAAUGGAAGCUUUAUGAUGAUUGUGAUUCAAUUAAGUAGGACAUUUGGAAUAGUAUUUAAUAAAUCAGUUCUGUUGAAUUGAGUGAUAAAACAAAUUUAGGAACUAUUAUAGAUUAACUUUUUAGUGAAAAUAUUUAGCAUAUAUUUGAAUCUUCAGUAGUAUUUUCUUAUUUAGAGGAAUUUAAAGAAAUCUAAGACUUUAUGGAAGCUAAAUUACAUUGCAAAUUCUCAGUGGUUCUAAAAAAAGAAAUCAUUGAAAUUAUUCUCAACUUAGAAAACGAAAAAUAUGUUAAAAUUAUUUAUGAAGGAAAUUUUGUAAUUGACGAUGAACUUUCUUAAGACUUUUUAUAGAUUUUUCAGUCUAAUUUCUCACCUGAAAAAAUUUAAAACAAAUUAACUCUAAGUUCUGAAAUUAUGGUCUUUUACUAUAGUGUAGAGCUGCUAUCUCCACAAAUGAUUAGAUUUAUUAUUAGUUUAGAAGAUGACUAAAAUGUUUUAAGAUAAGUUUUGCAUUAUUUUAUAUUAUAUCACCUAAAUCAAUCUGCAAAAGAAACAUUUUAGAAGUUGCUGCAAAAAAAAUUAGAAAUGGAAAAUGAAAUUGUUUAAUUGUGUCUUUAAAGUUCUAAUUUUGCUUUUUUGCAUACUUAUUAUGAAAUUACAAGAACUAAAAUCUCAGGUUGGCUAGAAGAUGAAGAGUAUCAAAAAUUACUAAUUAAAGCAUUAGGAAGAUCUACUGGUAUGAAUUUUCAAGCUCUAUUAUUCUUUAUUAGAAAGGUGAAGUUAUGGAGUUAAAAGAAUUUAAUUCACUUGCUUGCUGAAACUUUAAGUGAAAGACUUGAUUCUUCUCAGAACGACAAUCAUUUCUUAUUUACUUUUAGCAAUCCUUUUAAAAUAAUCGUCCUCAUCUUAGAAAUUUUGAAUUAGCUUUUCUAAAACGAAACUUUCCACAAAAAUAUUUUAGAAAGAACUUAAGCAAAGUUUAAUUUAUUUGCUACCACUUUAAUUAAAUAAUCUCAAGACGAAGAAUAAAUGCGUCGACUCUUAAUCGACUGGGAUCUAGAAGGUAGAAAAUUGCUCUACAUUAUUUAUGAAAAUUCUCUAUCAUAAAUUUUAACAUAAAUGAACGUUUAAGGUGUAAUUGAUAAUGCUUGGAAUGGUAAUGCUAACUCCACAAUAAACAUAUUUAAUACUUUCUCAGUUUGCUAAAAUUUAUUUUACUCUUUGCCUAAUAAAUUCUUGAAAGAUAAAGAAAAGCUACACUUCAGUCUCAGUAAGUUAUAUUAAAAGGAAGAUUUUAUGGGAAGACAGAGUAUAUGGAUUAAAUAAAUUAAAUUUAGAUACUUUAGUGAUUAAAUUCUAAUUUUUAUUCUUAAUUCACUGCUGCUGGCUUACUUCUUAGUUUUAUUCUCAACAUUUACUCAAGGCUUUAUGCCAGUUAAUAGCUCUCCUGAUGUAGUAAAUUCAACUAUUUAGCAAAUUCAAAGCUAAUUCUCAUCCGGAUGGAUAAUAAUACUUAUACUCAUAUCAGCAAAUUUCCCAUUAAAUGCCAUAUCAAACUUAAUUUUUCUAAAAUAGUUUGAAAAAAAGGCUUUUUUUACCAAGAUGCAAAUUUUUGAAUUCAUUAAUGGAUUAAUUGCUAUCUACUUUAUCAUUUUUAUAUACACUAUGCAGAAUUAUUCAUUCUAAGAUGCUUAAUCUACAAUGAUAGCACUUUUAAAUAUUAUGACAAUUUUUGCAAUAAUGAGAAAUCUUACGUGUCUUACUGUUACAAAAACUUUUGGUCCUGUAUUCUAAGCAGGUUACGUAAUUGUAGUUGAAGUUUCUAAGUUUAUGACUAUAUUUGUUACUUAUUUGCUCCUAUUUGCCAUAAUUGGUGUAAUUUUAUUCAAUUAACUUCCCUCAGGUCGAUUUGAUUCAUUUGACAAAGCUUAUAACUUUUUGGUUGAAGCUAUGUUUGGAUAAUUUUAGUUUGCUCUAUUCUCUACUGUUUAUCCAGCUGCAGGAUAUCUUUACAUGAUGGCUUACUUAUAUAUCUAUGGUAUAGUCUUAAUGAAUGCAUUAGUAGCUAUCUUGACAUUUAAUUUUGAAAACAAAAACAGACAAUCUAAAAUGCUUCACUAUGAACACACUAUUUUCCAUAUUAGAUAAGGAAACUACAUUUAAAAACAUGGAUGUCUUAUCUUGCUUCCAUUCAUUAUUAAGUUUGCAAUUCUACCUUACAUCUUUCUCAAACAAAUAUUUAGCUCAAAAUCUGACUUCAUGAAAUCUGUUUAAAAAUUCUACAUUAAUCUAUCUUAUUCUCCAUUUCUUCUAUUUACUAUUUUUGUAUGUUUGACAAUUAACCUUCUUCUUACACCAUUGGCUUACUUUUAGCACAUGUACCAUAUUUCUAAGUAAGUGUGCAAAAAGACUUUACCUUCCAACGUUCUUCUUAAAUGGAUGCUUUUAGGUUUUUUUUACAUUUUAAAGUAAACAUUCUUUGAAGACUUAAAAGAAUUUUAUUAGUAUAUGUGUGCUGAGUACUCCUGUUAGGACAAAGAGAAUCAGCUCUAGAAAAAGAUUGUUUAUGAUAACACAAUGAGGAAAAUUUUCUAAACAAUUAAUAAUAUGUAUAUAAAUGGCGUAACUUAUUGCACUAUUAGUGAGCUGUUUAGUUAAAUUAAAGAUGAUUUCUUAAGCUAUACUAAUUAAAAAGGCAAAGAAAGCUGUGUAGAUGAAUAAGCUAUUUCAGGCGUUCAUUUACUUAAAAGAUAAAAUUUACCUACAUAAUCACCAAACAUGGAUAUAUAAUUGAAGAAAAAACCUAGCUCAACUCCUUUACAGCUGCAUCUUUUACAAAGGAAAAACUCUAUUGGAACAAAUGUAUAAAGAAUAGAUAAAAUUAAUGUCAAAUUAAUAUUUUAAGGUAUCAGUGAAUUAGAAGAAGAUUGUGUGUAUUUUUAUGAAUAUUUUGAAAGAUUUUGUUUCAAAGAUAUUGUCAGAAACGAAGAACAAAGAGACUAAGUACUUAACCUCUAUAAUAUUCUCAAGUUACAUGAGAAUUACAAUACUUCCCAAUUAAAAACAAUUAUUCAUACAGAAUUAUACCAAGCUGUUAAGUUAACAUGA